GUGGUUAAUACUACGUGCUCUAUUUUGGUGCUGAGUGUGUGCACGGAGUUUACAUGCAAACGUCAUGUGUUCAAGCUAGGGGAAAAACGUAGGUAGGCAAAGCCAAAUGCGAUGAACGUCAACUCGGAUUUAUUUUGCGGAUCUCGUCAACUGUAUGUUGGAGAAGUGGAAAAACGUUUAACAAAGCUUUACCUUCACUGAGUCUGAAUUUUCAACAGUAUUUUGUUCCUAACUCUCGGACGUGUUUACUAGGACUGGGGCACCUACAAUUAUGAUUUUUCUCAUUAUUUCGAUUUGUCGGUCCCUUACAUGUACUUUUCCCCUGUAAUGUUAGAACUGUUAGAACACUGAAGCGCUUGUUUUCUUUUAAAAUUUUCCUCUCUCUCUCUCGCAUCGUAUAUCCUUAUUAUCAAUUAUGUCACUCAUUUGAAUUAUAUUGAAAAUAAUUAUUCAUUUUUGUUCGGUAAUUAUAAUAUAUCGAUUAUGCCUUGCUUACAAACGUGUUUGGUUACGUGCUCUGGCGAGUUUCGAGUACAUGCAUUCUUACGGAGAAAUGCGCGUAUGUGACGAACUGCGACGUCGCUGGAGCGGAGUCAUCAAGGAUUUGUAAAAUUUAACUGACAAUGGACGAUGCCCUUUGUGGUAACAGUUGUUGCACUUUACUCUUUUCUCGUGACGAAUAGUGACGUCAUAGUCACGUAUAGUACUGGUAUAAGUAAUCCAGGCACAACAGCCGGCGUCGUUUUCGAAACGUACAGCCAAAUCCAUAGCUUAGUGCAUGUACAUUUGUCAAAUUUAAAGCAUUAAUUGGCUUGACGGGUUUAUAUGUUGGAGACAUCUAUAUUUGAUUACAAUGCACUGAGGUCUUGGAAACUCCAAGUGACCCUAGUAUCCGAAAUACAUGCACUAGUCCCAAAAAAUGCACAAUUAGAGCUUUCGGAAGAUGAUCUCUUUUUAAAUACACUAAAGCACCGCCGCGUUUCAACGUAAUCGAGAGUCGUAGUUGUGUACUUCCUAUAAUUUUUUAUGACAUUCGUACGUGAAAAUGUUUGUUGGUGCAAAUGAAACUGAACUUUAUCUAGACCUCCGUAGCCAUCAUUAUUAAAUAUAGGAGCCACGUAUUAUAUUACGCCUAACUUUUGGGCGUUAAAACGAGUGAUAUGCAUAUAAUCGAUGACUGUUUUAGAAAAAUUGUAUUGAUGACUCUUCUCUAGAUUGGAAUUUCUUUGUGUUCGUGUGGGUUUACCCUUAUACGCUUCAAUUUCGGUGGGGACAAAUAGCAACUGAACGCGACCAGUCUUUGAACUCUGAGUAGUUCAAUACUUCCGAUUGGAAAAGUUCGGUGUGACCUUAUUAGAUUUCAUACCUCUACUAGUAAUAACGGCGUUAAAGAGAUCUGUGCCAUAGGCAUUCUUAAUUACAGCCCACCAUCUUCAUACUGGAAAAGGAUAGAUGUAUGAAGGCUUGACGCUAAUCAAGAUUACCAUUAUUAUUGCUAUUACCGCCAUUCUCUUCGUGAAAUUGAAAUCGCAUCGAUGUCUUAUAGGUGGCCAACUGGCCGGGAAGCCCUCGCGGGGGCAACCCUUUCGAGCGUCAGUAAGAGCAGUCACAAUGGAAUCAACGGACUGGCUCGUCGAGCUGUGUCGCGAUGUCCAGCUGGAGCAGUUUGCCUCGCGCAUCCGGGAAGAGCUUCAGAUCACAAGGAUUCAGCACUUUGACUAUGUUACGGCGGAAGAUCUUGAGAAAAUCAGCAUUGCACGACCGGCUGCAAAGAGACUUCUCGAUGCCGUUAAGAAAUGCAAGGGCGGCUGGAGAAAGAACAUAUUUACCAAGAUUCGUCCGGAGAAAAGUGCAGAAAGGACGGGAAAAAGCGGCAAGAGCAGUCCGGUCAACACAGCCGCUGGAGCAAACCAGCCAAGUCCUGUUAGCAGCGUGCUGGGCUCGUCGCCAUCAGAACAACAUUCUGGCUUAACGUGUUUAAUAUCUGAAAAAGAGAUUUCUCUCAAGACGAAGCUGGGAGAUGGCUCGUUUGGAGUGGUCAUGCGUGGAGAAUGGACAACAUGCACAGGAAGAGUUGUCGACGUCGCCUGCAAAAUACUCAAAGAAGACCCCAAACAAACCGGAACAUUCGAUGACUUUAUUAAAGAGGUCGGCUCAAUGCACACUUUGAAUCAUCCUCACCUCAUCAAACUGUUUGGGGUGGUGCUCGCAUCUCCGCUUAUGAUGAUCACAGAACUGGCUGCAUUCGGUUCACUUCGAGAUCAUCUAAAAAAAAACCGGAUCACGGUUCAAUCGCAAAACUCUAUUAACGGUUCAGCGGUAGGCAACGGUGUUGGUGACUCCGCAUUUCCAGCAGCGCUAAGUAAGGUAGCGGUGACUCGACUGUUUGAGUACGCAGUUCAGAUUGCCGAUGGGAUGGCUUACCUUGAGCAGAACCGAUUUGUCCACCGAGAUCUUGCCUGUAGAAAUAUUCUACUCCCUUCGAUUGAUAAGAUAAAGAUUGGAGACUUCGGAUUAAUGCGAAACCUUAAAAGUGACCAGGAUUGCUAUGUGAUGACGGAGCAUCAGAAAGUCCCUAUGCCGUGGUGCGCGCCUGAGAGCCUUACGUCUCGAAUUUUCUCCCAUGCCUCGGACACGUGGAUGUAUGGAGUUACUCUUUGGGAGAUGUUCUCUUUUGGACAGGAACCAUGGAGUGGCCUUAGUGGAGCAGAAAUUCUGAAAAAAAUCGACAGUGAAGGUGAACGGCUUGAACAUCCCAGUGGUUGUUCGAACGAUUUAUAUCAGUUAAUGCUCCAGUGCUGGCAUGAGACGCCUGAACUGCGGCCGACCUUUGUCGCACUCAAGGAUUUUAUAUUGACUAACACGCCACAAGUGCUUAGGCUAGUCAAACUUCCUCAACCUCCGGGGGCGUCUACAGCUUUGCAAGACAACGAAUUGCGCAUGAAAAAUGUCCAAGAGGGAGAUUUAAUCGCCGUCAUCGAGGGAAGAAACGACUACUACUGGUGGAAGGGUCAGAACCUUCGAACCUUUGAAGUGGGUCUCUUCCCUCGUAUUCACUGUGAGCAUACCGCCAACGUGGGCUACGGUAGUGGGAAAACCCUUCCUAAGGACAUUUCAGCGCCGUUACGUCACUCUUUCAUUCAUACGGGUCACUGUGAUGCGUCCGGGCAACAGUGGGGUAGUCCAGGCCAUAUCGACCCCAUGUAUCUGGCAAAUCCUGCUCAGCCCGAAGACGUGCUUGGCUUACCCCCAUUGCCAAAGGAGCCUGCCUCAUGGUUGAAGGAUCUACCGAAUAGAUCAAAGACCGUAAGACAAGCCAAACAGUACAGCUAUAAGCAUUUAAAAAAUGAUCCAUCGUCUCCUGGAGAGAUUGAGUGUGCGUCAGAAAGCACUUUCCGAAAUCCGAAUCAAGAAUUGAACUCAUCGUCACGGAAUCUUGAAAACCGCACCUCUGCAGACGUCAGUAGUACUAUUUCUACCGAAAACUCCUUUGUACCGGGUUCUACAAAUGAGAAUUUUAAUGCACCAAUAGCCGAUCUCAUAGACUGUGACAGCGAGAGUUAUUAUGGAUGUGAUUCAAGCUUCGAUAGUACUACUUACGAACCUCCGUCACAAGAACGACAAAGUCAACGGCUUGAUAAGCAUAACGAAGAUACUAAAAUUCAACAGCAGUCGUAUCAGAACAUUCCUGGAUCGGAGAGGCAGGAUAGCUAUGAUGCUGAAAAUAGGUACUAUAGUGAAGUAACCGAGGACGCAUCACGGAAACAACCCAAAUCUACCGUGGCGGCCGAAGUCGGUAAGCAGGAUCACGACGAUAACAACGACAACGAUCACACAUACAUGAAUGUGUGCGCUGUGCCUCUUCCAGGCUUGAAAAAAAACAUACACGAACCCUCAAAAGUUCAUAAAGCGCCUGCACCGCCAGCUAUCAAGCCAUCCAUUCAUAAUCUACCAAAUGGCCCGGGGUCCAGUGCUCAGCCUAGUUCACUGGCUGAAUUCGUUCAGAGGCAGAAUGAAUGUUUCGAGCAGUGUAAAUCACCCACUGAGACAUCAGUUUACACGGCCUACAGUGUGGGCACCAACUACUGGGGAACAGAGUAUGAUCCUCCGCUCACGGACGACGAAGGAUAUCGAAAUAUUGAAUCGGCUCUAGGAGAUGAUCCCGCUGUCUACCUAAAUACACAGGAGAUAUUAGAGGAAAAAAGAGACACAGUACGAAGAGAAUUUCCUCCAGAUGUCGACCUAUCGCAGGUCUCUGAAGAGGCACCACCCAUAGUAGUCAGAGCUAAGCCAGAAAUUUUUCCACUUCAAAAUUCUAGUUCAGGGUCUGCGGCAAUAGACUCUGUUCCUCAACAAAAGGCUCCUGCUUCACUUUUUAAUCUUCCGUAUCUCAAACCUAGCCAAAUAGUGCCAAAAAGCACAGGCAUUGACAAAAUGAUCACACCUAUUCCUGCCGUCUUGCCCAAACCACCGCAAAAUGUACAGAAGGUAUUGUCCCCUUCAUUAGUGCAGGGUACUGCCAAACCUAUUGGUGAUGUUAAACCACAGGGCAGAGCGCGACCGAGUGAAUCUGAAUGGAGAGCAUUCGAUGAGAGUCCUGAAUCGCCGGAAAAAGAAAAGAAACUCAACUUCAAUAUAAAGGAUUCUUCCGCUAAUAACGUAGAUCCAUUUAAGACAAGUGUUAAUUCGGCUGUUAUCCCCAAAUUGCCACCACCAGAAAAAAAGAAAGAGAUACCUCGUAGUAAUUGCACAACAUUUUCAACCUCUUCAGUAUCAAGCCUGCCAGGAGUAGAUUUUUCAGCCCCCCUGGUUCCUAUUCCAGUGGUUACUUCCACUUCUCCGAUACCUACUAGUGGUUCUACAUCCUCGAGCACAACGGGUCUGGCGCCGCCAAUAUCAACUAACGCUCCCACUGGGACACUUUUUUCUCCUCAGUUUAAUUAUUCUUCUACACCUCUCUCACUUUCUGGGCCCGUAUCAUGCUUUGCUGCAUUCACGAACAUAUGUCUGGCUCCUUCGAGCAAACCGUUAAUUCCUGCCCCGGAUACGCCAGAUGAAGAAUCGCAAGAUAUUGAGAGUAGGUUAGAAAAUUAUUUGGCCACAAAACAGGCACAACAAAGGGCAAAAAUGAUUGCCGAUAAGAUGAAACGAGAGCAGGAUACAGCGGAGGCCUUUAAAGCCACCGCCGUCAAAGAGUGCAAAGCAGCGCUUGCCCUGGUCCCGGCUCAAGAGCAAAAAAAAACCAUAAAAGCCUUUGAGGCAGAAAAACCAGCAGCUCAAAUAGCGCAAGGUGCGGAAAUCCAACGGAUGGUUGAAAAAGCAACCGAAGUACAACGAGUUGUCGAAGCUGUAAAGACACAGCAGGCGGUGCACCGAGGCGGCGGGACGUUGACGACGAGUGGUUUUGAAGACUCAUUCAGUUCGUUAGCAAUUUCCCCAACAAGUUCAUCUAUUCGAAAUACCGGAGAAACUCAUUCUCUAGACGCAGCCUCUCGGAUGCGAGCUCUCGCUACGGAACUUAAUUUAUCAGUAAAGGCACAGCCGAUAUUUUUACAGCAUUCUACCUCUGCCAUGACGUCCACAAUCCAAGCGGUCAUCAAUCAACAGCAAAGUAAUAAGGAUUGCCAAUCCACUACCCAAAACGUUCCCUCAACCGUGUACGCAACAGAUGGAAGAAGUCAGAUUAAAUCUAUUUCUUCACUAGAAUGUCAAACUCUGCAAGGUACCGUUAUCCCAACGCGUCCCCCAAUAAUGUCUACAGUACCCCUUGUCCCUACCCCGGUAACAACUGCUGCUACGGUUAGGGCUUCACCUCAGUUAAAGCCAUCGUCAACCCUCCUAUUAACAACACCAGCUUCUCCUGCUAAUGCUAAAGUUACACCAACGACUUUACCGCAACAAGCUUCACAGUCAUUCUCAGGGAGUCUAAGCAACCUACUGGGUUCAUCAAGGCCAGCUCUAACGCUGGAAGAUUUGGCGAAAGGAUCAAAACCUUUGUCGGCUCAACACAACUCUGCUCUCAGUUUUGGCAAUAACUUGAGUCGAUCUCAAGAGACACUCAACAAAACCAUGCCUCAACAAACUGCGUUUGUGUUACCUCUGAAAUCAGCCAGUGGAAGUUGCCAAGCAAAAUUUCCGUCCAAUGGACCAGCCCCAGGCACCGAACAGAACGUUAACAUAUCCUCGUCUUUAGGGACGAUUCUAGGAGCACCACCAUAUGUGGCGCAACAACCCUUAAUGCCUUUACAGGCUACUCUUCUCGCAGCUUCCUCACUACAAUCGAUCCAAUCUCGAAAUACUAAUCGCGGGUUCAAUGAGAUGAGCAUUGCUACAUUAGGUCCCUCCCACGGCCACGCGGGCGGUAUUGGAGCUAUAGGCAGCAGUAGCGUCAUGGGUACAGUUGGAUUGGGCAACCCCAUGGCAGAGGUGAAGCCAUUCAUGGUUCGGCCUCCUCCGCCGCCUCCUCGACAGCCGGAACUAGAAAAUUUGAAGGUGACAACUUCGCCGACCCGACAACCAAGUAACACUGAGGUUCUUGCCAUGCAGGCGCUUCUUCCUGGUUCAACAAGAGAGGAGUGUUUGGCCGCAAUACUGGCUAAUCCUGGAAAUAUCGAGGGCGCAUUGCGACAAGUUAAACUUGACCAUCUGGUCAGGUUAGGUAUUGCAUCACGCCCUGCUUGCGAGGCGGCUUUACGGACGCACCAGUGGAACGUCGAUCAAGCUGCGUCCUCUUUGCUCGACUCUCGAUAAGAUAAAAAUUUCAAACACAAGCAUAUGAAGUUGUACUUCAGCACAUGAACUCGCAAUUUUCUGUGAAACCUGAGUUUAAAUUCUCGGAACAUCUCCACAUCAACUAAGCGACCAGAGAAAAUAAAUACUAAAAGUUGCACUAUAACCUUUUGAUUUAAUACGUAGCCCAGAUCUCAAUCAGGGAAAACAGGUUGGGGUUAGCGACCGUUGUCCCGUAUGCGUGAAAUGUAUAUACAUAUAUAGACAUAUAUAUGCUCCAGUCGAUAUGUAAUAUUCUUUGUGUCUUGCUAAAACGUCUAAUAUUUAUUUCAGUUUAUGAAAUGUAAACAAUGUCAUUAUCUUAAACUGGAAGUAAUUCAGGGACGAUCUGCGCUUCCGUUUCAGCCGUUAGUUCUUAUUGAUUUCUGUUUUUUCGACCUAGUUCUUGCAUUUCUGAUGCUACAAUGCAUAUGAAAGUGUGGUAUAUUAUACGUAAUACACGCUGUGCGUAAAUAAUAACCCAGAAUUUGUAAAGAUAUUACUGACACGCAAAAAAAAACAGGUACUCUGUGGGUAAGCAUGAGAGAUUAUAUUUAUCGUUUGUUAAGAGGGUUAUAACCUGGCUGUAUGUUUGCGGACAGUGAAGAUGUGCAUAAUCAACUUAUUUUUAUUAACUUGAUAUCAAUGGGUGAACAUAACACGAGUGUGUCUUGUAUCUUGCCAAUAUCACGAGCCUGAUUUCCACUGCACAACUUUAUCAUUUCCUAUUUCGAUAUUAUACCGCGUACACAUUCACGUGACAAGCAAUGACCUACUUGAAAGCUUUUAAGAAGCAUAGUCAAUUAAGUAAAAAUCUCUAAUGGAAUAUAAUUUGUAUUAUUAAGUUUGCCUUUUAAUUAACUAAGAAAUAAAAUUUUAGGUUGCGGUUUCUAUGGGAAAAUAGAAGGAAGGAAAGCGUAGAUUUAUGUGUGAACUUAUAGGUAUAGAGAUUCUAAAAAUCUCAACUUCAUUUUAAUAAGUUUCUUAAAUGUUCUUGAAAAUAAUCUUAGGUAUCUCUAAAGGUUUGUCAUAUUGCAAAUUUUACUGUAACUAGUUCUAUAUAGAUGUAAGCAAGGUAGUCAUGUGUGUCAGCAACAUGUUUCACAUAUGCUUUAUGAAAUUCACAUGGUCAUCGGGAACAGUCAAAUAGUGUACUGAAAUCAGCUUCCCUGCACGUGUUCUUGCGUACAUAAAAUCUUAAAGAGUCAUGCAAGAAAGGACGCAAUACUGUCUGACGAGAAUAUUAUUAUAUCAUUAUUUUUCUUACUAUUAGUUUUCGGCAACAGUGGUGACGAAAAUGAAAUGUUUAGGCGAGGUUACAACCUGAAUAAAAAUGUAGAUGUGAUACAAACUUAAAAAAAAACAGAUAGUUAAACUAUUCAAUAAAAGUUAUUUCCCAUGGAUCCGCCCGGCGUCUUCAUUUAUUAACUGUGUAAUGCUACUAUUUCAAUAGUUAUUAACGUAACAAAUAAUUGGCUUGAGCUCGAUUUGAGUCGCACAUUGCGUUUACCGAGUGAAAAACAGAAUGCCGUCGUUUUUUUUUAUACGCAUUUAUGGUAUAUCAAAGAUAGCUUUUUGUAACGUGUUUAUAUGUGCUUCAUUUUACCGUACCGUGGAAAGGAUCAGAUCCUUAUAUUCAUUCAGUUGUUUUUGUUGUUGUUAUUAAAAACUCGCUUAGUCAUCGUCAAAAAUAUUUUCUAAAUAUUUAUUUUUUUAUAUUCGUAUAAUGGUUCUUAUAUUAUUUAUAGAUUUUUGUAUUGUAUAAGCACAUCGAUGAUACUACACAACUUUACAAAUUGGGUCAAAGUGACCACCUUAUUAUAUCCAUAACCAUAAUAAUAAUAAUAGUAAAAGGGAAGGUUUGGCAACUCAUACUAUAUUACGUAAGACUUCUCAGUUGCGUAGAAAAGUUUUAGCUUUGCUCUUGGUGCAAUGUUAGUCUCAACCUAUUUUUUUUGGAGACUGCUCGUAUUCUUCUUCUUGGAUCAGUGUUAACUGGUUGAUCCCUUUCUUUAUGUCAGUUGUAUAUUGCCGCGCAACUACACUUUUUAAAUAAUAAACAUUAUCACUAAAUAGCUACGAAAACACGAUAAGCUGUAACUAUUUUAACAACAAAAACAACACCAAUCCGCAAGAGUUGUCCCCUGAGAAUCUUUAUCAACGCGUUUUUCGUUCUUCAUCUUUCUUCAGCGCGUUUAGUGGUGCCAAUAUUGUCAUCUUAGUUGUGCACCUCUCCCUUUUUUUCUUCUGUUUUACUGCACUGUACUGAAAAUUACCUUGUGUUAUUACUACGAUUGUUAUUGUGUGUUUGAUAG